CAGCGCUGUUCUUCCUUCUCACGGCUGGGUUCUUCAUCAUCCGCUUGUCGGGUUGGAACAGGAAGCGAAAGACUCGAAAAUUGACACCCUCCUUCUUUUCUGGGGCAAGAGCAACAAUGUGGGAGCCCAAGUUCAACAUGCUAUCGUCACACCCGGAUAACAUGGCUUCGACAACCUCAUACCCCAUAGCGCGCACGGUGAACCUUGAAGGGCAAGAUUCUCAGGCGUCCACUGAUAGUAGAAGAUUGAUUUGGCGCUCUCAAGGGCUCGCCACCAAUGCCCCUGGAACGUACAUCCCAGAUGACAGUGGACCGAGAUAUGUCCCCGAGAUCCAAGCGUAUAGUGGUGCCUUCUUCCCUCUGCCAUCCCAGGGUGGAGCUCAAGAGAAUCCAUUUAUCAAGCCUGGCGAAUAUGCCUCUGCACUGAGGCCAGAGCCUUCUCUUGGUCGGACUCUGUUGGCAAGCAGUAACACUGGCAGCAGGAGUCAAGCUUCGACUGUUCCUUCUUCCAAUGACAGCCCAGGGUCCCCAGUACCAUCCUUCAACACUGGCCGAGUACUGGUUCAGAUGGAGACGCCAGGUCGUCAAGCAGCCAGUGCACCUGAACACAUUGGUAUCCCGUCUCGAGUUGCCAGUAUCCCUCCACCUUACAUCACACCUGUGGUCGGAGAUCAUGACCUCCAUGACGAUUACAAGUUCGAUAAUCUUGAACGACAACCGAGCAAUGGGUCGACUCUGCUUUCCAGGACUCGCUGGAAUUCGGCAGCCAACGGUCCAAGAUCAGCUUGUGUGGAGCCUUCGUCACCGGGCGGGUCGUCUACUUGGCAAAAGAUGAGUCGAGAAGGAGCGAAGCCCGAAAGUGUCCGUCAGUUCAAGGCCUCGGAAGUAUCCAAGAGCUCCAGACUGGCCAAGCAAAAGGUCUGGGCGAGCGAUAGGAUCUGAGAAUCAGAGAGAUCAGAUGAAGACUGGUUCAAAGUUCUGUACAUGAUAUGUUCAGUGCAUACGAGUGUGAUUUCCUGCCGCGC